AGCUGUGUUGUCCUUUGAAGUAGUAAUGAAAUUUAGGCUGUGUGAAAUAUAACUUUCACCACCAAAUUCACUAGACUCAAAUGCAUUGAUAUAUUCCUACUCGAUCUUUUAUUGGAUUAACAAUAGAUUUUAACCACUAAUCUGAUAAUAAAAAUUAGAUAGGUCAGGGAUCUAUGCAUUAUGACAAUCUUCAAUUGUGUAGAAUAAAAAAAAUUGUUCCUACACUACUAUUUAGUGUUGUAUUAAUGCGGUGGCAUAGCAUUUUUCUCAAAUGCAGUCUUGUUUUACUUUAUUUUCUGUAUAUUUUACUUUAUAUGCUGUUUAUUUAACUUUCUAUAAGUUGAUCUUUAUCAAUUCUUUUACUUUUACCAGGUGGCUGGCAACUACAAGUAGUAUAUAGAUUUACAAGAUGAACUAAAUAAAGAAGUUAAACAAUGGAGGAUUCAUCAUACGUAACCUACGAAAGACCGAAUAAGGACGAUUUAACAAGAGUGCACGAAUACUAUCUCAGUCAUUUAUUACUUUUGGAACAAGCUUCGCCCAUUGCAUUAAAGGCCAUUAUUAAAAGGGAACUGGACGCAUGUGGAAAAGAUAUCGCUCCUUUGUUAAAUGAAAAUAAAGACUCAUUUAAAACCAAGUACGAAGCGGAAUAUCUUCAGCUGUUUCAAGAUGAUACGGUCAAUAGCGAUUUCGAUUCCUGGGACACUCUUCAACUUUGUGCUGCUAUAUUCUUCUUAUUUAAAUCUGAUUUAGCUGAUCAAGAAGUUAAAGCCAUUCAAUGUAUAUAUGAUCUGAGAAAAGAUAUUGAAAACGUAGAAAGUGCCUCCCUUACAUACAAUACCUACAAAGAGAAACAAAGAUUAUUGCGCGAGCAAUUACUCGAGUUGGUAAAGCUCAUAGGCGACCACGAUAAGCUUUAUUGUAAACGCAUGAUGUAUUCAUUUGAACCAACAUCAAUUCACUUAAGCGAACAACUUAAAGGCAGCCUGAAACAGACAAAUGAUGUCAAAACCCAUCUUAAAAUUGCAAUGAAAGAAAAUGUUGUAACACAGGUCGACAUCAAUAAUGGAGAGGACAAUGAAAUUUGGCCGACAAAUGACCACAUUUUCACUGAAGAACUUCAGAACAAAAAUGUCUACAUCAAUGAUUCGGUUGUUUUGAGAUGUAAACUUAACUCCCCAGCGAGUGAGACUGUUGUUUGGAAGAAAGAUAGCCUGCCGGUCGAAAUGACAGACAAUAUCGUGUUCAUGGGAAACCAUUGCACCCAUUGGUUAGCGAUAACACACGCAUCAUUGGAAGAUACGGGCAACUAUGCGUGUGUAUGUGGCAAUAUUUCAACAUCAGCUAAUCUUACAGUUAAAGAUGAAAGAUUGAUUUUGGUUUUUGAUUUGCCUCUCAAGUCAAAGGCAACAGAGAAUGAAAACAUUGCUUUAGAGUGUGGCGUGAACAUGCGGACUAGUGAACCAGUUUGGAGACACGAUGGAGAAGAAAUACAAUCGUGUAGUAGAUACCUUAUACAAGUUGAGGGAACUAAACACAUACUAACGAUAAAGAAUGUUACUUUCCAAGAUGAAGGUGAAUAUACUGUUGAUUUUGGAGAAGUCUCAUCCAAAACAACCGUGAUUAUACAAGGGGAAACAGACGUUUUACACAGAAUACAAUUAACAGAGGAGUUGUUCCAAAAUUGGGUAAGAAGUGUUCUAGCACUUAAAUACUUGAAAGUAGGUUUAGAAGAAUUUUCCGACAAGGUUGUUCAAGAACACCACGAUGAUAUUCUGUCAAGUCUUCAAGGCACAUGUAAUACUUGUACAGAGGAAAGUCUUUUACCACAUAAACAUGACCAGUGUCCACACCAAAAUAAACAAAAAUGUCUUUGUUCUAAAAAUCAAAAACAGAAGUCUGGAAAGAUGUGUCCAAAUGGAUUUUGUGGCAAAUGUCAUGAUCGUAUUGUUUGUGAUCAUCGUUUCCGAGAUCCAUUAUUGGCAAACACGGAUGUAAGAAAAUGGAGCAGUGAUCCUUGGAGUGUUGCUACAUGCUUUAUAAAUACUACUGGCUACAAAGACAAACAAUCAGCUAAAGAUGUCGACUGCUCUGGCUUACUGAGCCUGUUUAUUAACAAUGUUUUCAUAGAAAUGAUGCUCGGAGAAGAUAUCAUUAAUGGAAAGUCAGAUGCUUUUUCACAGGCACGGGAAGCGCGCAAUGAUAUUCAUCACAGUUCAAACUAUGAGAUGUCUGAAAAUCAACUUGACAACUUUAUAAAUUUGUUCAGAGAAGUACUAGAAAUCAAGGACAAACAUGGCAAUAUGCCUCUUAAAGAUGAACCAGGCGUGCAAGAGGCAUUACGUUCAUUGGAUGUGGUGCAGCAAAAUCAAAUCGAGAUAAACUUUGAACACGAGAUGGAACAGUUAAGGGCUCAUGGGAUGUAUAAGUUAGAAGAGAAAUGCCAAGCGGGAAAAGAACAACUUGAAUUGAAACUUCAACAGAUGGAGCAGCAGCUAAAAGAUAAAGACAACGAGCUUCAAUUAAAGCUUAAUCUACAAUCCUCAGGAGAGAAAAAGCUUGAAGGUAUUUAUUGACAGUAAACGCAUGGUUACUACGUUUAAACAUUGACUUGUAAAUAUUUUAUAGAAAUUUGCGUGGAGAUAGAUGACAACACAACAGGUUAGAAUAUAACGUCAAUAUAAUUUAAACGAUCAAAAAGCAAGAACGUCAACAUAAGC